ACAACGAUUACCAAUUUAUUAUUCAGAUACUUCGUCGGUUUUUUAUGCAUAUUUAUAACAUGACCCUGUGUAGAAAUUUUAACGCGAAAUUCUACGAAACUUGAUUACUGCAAUUAAAAGUAUAAAUAAAAUCGUGCCAGAGAGCGGUGUAUGCACCAGUGGUAGAUAUUUUCAUAUAAUAAAGCGAAGGUUCCGGGUUUCCAUUGUUCAUUGCUUCUACAUUUAAUUGGAUAUAACACUUGACUGGAUUAAUUGAUGGAACACUGAUUGUUGAUUAAGGUAAUUCAUGUUUUUCUAUGGCUGACACAACAUCGAUACACAAUAAAGAUCGUCUUGAUUAAUGUUAAUCACUUUCUUUCGCGUGACUCGAUCAAUCAUCGCAAUUAUUUAAUGUGUAAUACUUUACGUGUUUGUAUGUAACAGGUACUUUCUAAAAGCAAAUACUUGGCGAUAAACCAUUCUUUCUAUGUACAUCACAGUUCUACAAAAGCAUUCGUUUCCAUUUUCUCAUUCUUUUCUCUCACGUUUUCUAUUUCUUACAAUGUAUCUCUUUCUUUGGAGAGUCAUUGGAAGCACAUAUAUGUAGUGUUUCGCAAUUAAGGAUUUCUAUAAAAAAUAUUACAUCCAGUGCAUACAAGUGUUUGUAUCGGCGGUGAAAAAUUUUCCAUCGUAGCUAUUGCAUUUCGUUUCGCUGCCUUACAAUGGGCGCAGAAUUAAUAGGAGCCACUUCUACUUGGCGAGUGAAGGUGAGCGGGAAGGAAGGCGAAAGGGUGGUUUGACACGCAUCGUCGAACACACGAAUGUCUUUAACUGCUACUAUCUUGGCGGAAUAAGGCUCUUGUCAAGCACAAGUGCACUCGUUCUAUGUGAAGAUGAAAGUGGUGGUCUUCUUAGUUGCUGUUGCAGCAACCAGAGCUUUGCCGCUCUCAAAAGUGCACGUGAAAUUUAUUUCUCCUCCGCACAUUUAUGAGCACGGUAUUACGACAGAUGGGGAUCGGACGAUAGAUCAGACGUCUUACGUCUCUAUUGGGAGAAGAAGCACAACAGGAAACCCUACAGAAUUUGGACAACGAUUACACAAUAAAGGUAACGUUGCACCAUAUAUAAAACCGGAAAAUGCAGAAUCUCUGUGGCCGGUAGGCGUUUUCAUUCCACCAGUGGAUAUCAAUGAUCUUGGUUACAGUUCGCGAGAAUCAAGACAUAUGACACCUGACUUUUCCAAUGGGCUUGGAUACCACGACCCGUAUCUAUUGACCGGUGAGGAGGCAAUGCUCGCUGUAAAAUACCUUUAUAGCCAGGGCGAGUUAUUUUACGAUGAUAUUCCACAUGAAAGAGCACUGCUGAAAAACCAAGAAGAAAGGAGGCGAAACGGCCUUCAUGGUCACAUAUUGAGAAGUUUGAGGCCUACCUCGCCAUUCUCUAGAAAAGCUUAAUGUAGAGGAAU